AUCUGAGUUAGUCCCAAAUUUUUUUUUUUAAUUUUUUAUUAUUAUUAUUUUUUUUAAGGGUUUAAUACAAUCAAUAAAGUGAUACUUCUUACACUUUUUAAUGUGGUAGAGUCAUAAUUCCGGUGUGGAGGUUUAUUUAUUUAAAAAUCUUCCUAUAUAUCCUCAGUUGGAUAAUCCAAAACCCUAGAAUUCAUUGGAAACCAAAAUGUGUGAACUUCCCACGGAUGUUAUCGUCGAUAUACUUUCUAGAUUACCGGUGAAACCCCUUUUAAAAUUCAGGUGCGUCUCAAAACCAUGGUGUGCGCUAAUCGAUAGUCCAAUUUUCAUCAAAUCGCAUCUGAAUCGAUCCAUCGAAACCAAAACCAAUCGCAGCAUCAUUUGCAGAGAUUGCGAUCUCUACUCCAUAGACUUCGAUUCUCUCGAUCACGCCAUACUGCUUGACCACCCCUUGAAAAAAAUCCAUGGAGGUGAAGUGAUGGGUUCUUGCGAUGGCUUGGUCGGUUUGUGCAACAAUCUCUACGAAGAGGAUGGCAUCUUCCUAUGGAACCCUGCAACCCGAAAACACCAGAAGUUACCCGUCACACCGAUUGAGUUCCCGGGUGGAUCUGGCAUUUGCGAGUUCAUCGUUUAUGGGUUUGGGUAUGAUUCUGUGAGUGAUGACUACAAGUUGGUGAGGGUGGUACAGUUUUAUGAGAAAGACGAUGAUGAUUCAUUUGAUAAUGAAGUUAAGGUUUACAGUCUAAAAUCGAAUACAUGGCGAAGGGUUCAAGAUUUCCCUUAUUACCUUCCAUACAAGCGAGAGCAUGCUAUGGUGGUUAGUGGGGCUUUGCAUUGGCUUGUGAGUCGAAGACCGGAGUCGGAUAAGGCGGACAAAUUUAUUGCUGCUUUUGAUCUUGGGGUUGAGGAAUAUCGGUUGGUGCCACUGCCUGAGCUUUUGGAUAAGAAUGUUCAUAUGAAUGUGAAUGACUUUGGAGGAUGUCUAACUUUACUUUGCAAUUAUUUUGCUGUUCGUGUGGAAGUAUGGGUGAUGGAGGAGUAUGGGGUUAAAGAGUCUUGGACUAAAUUGUUUUCUGUUACCCAACCAAGUAUGAUUAGGUCAUUCGAUUAUGUGAGGCCUUUGGAUUAUUCGAGGAGUGGUGGGGAAAUACUUUUGGAACAGGAUGGGAACAUUCUUGUUUGGUAUGACUUAGAAAGGAAAACAGUAAAAAAUGUUGGGAUUCAUGGUUUAGAUGGUUUAAUAGAAUCUUAUAUUUGUGUGGCAAGCCUUGUUCCGCUUCGUGGUCGUGGUGGUGAUGGCGAAAUGGAUGGUAAGAAGGACCAACUACAAAUGAAGAAGAAAAUGAACAGAAAGAUGAGAGAUGAUUUUCUGUCAGAGGGGUUCAAACUGGUACUUUGAGCAAAUGGAAGAACAAAGGUGCAGAGGUAUGGGGAAUCAGAAUUAUUGAUUAGGCAGUAAUAGAGUAUAUUAAAAAAACUGAGGAUAGAAGCAAGGGAGGGAUUAAGAUUGAAGAAUUUUACUUCCAAUAUGCUACCUACUCUAUUUUGUGCCACGUCAUUGGUGGUUGUACCAAUGACGUGCCACAUCCGUUGUAACAAAUUAUUUCUUGUGUUAAAGAGUGACUGCAGACAAAUAAUAGCUUAUUGCUAUAUUUAGAAUUACUUUUUUAAGUAUUCAAUAAGGUUUAUGGUUAAGGGAAUGUGAAUGAACUUUUGUA